AUGCGCCGUGAAAAUUUUAAACCAACAAACAGCUCUAAAAUUUGCUCCAAACAUUUCACAGCGGAUUCGUAUAUUACUAGCGGUUGGAGUUCAAAAAAACAACUCAAAAAAGAUGCUGUACUCAGCAUUUUCGAUUUUCCAAACCAUUUAGUUAAGCAAGUAACAACUAGAAAAUUACCAGUAAAAAGAGAAACUGUCUUAAAUAAACCAACAGGAUCUAAAAGGGAAAAUAUAAAUAUAACAACGAGUGAAUCUACUACCAUAAAGUCUCCAGUAGAAAUUUCAGACGAAACUACCUUAGAACCUCCCUUGAAAAAGCGAAGACAUUAUCUUGGUGACUUUGAACAAGGAUCAUCUAACAGAGACCAAGGAUAUAAAGUAGUAGUAAACAAAUUAAUUCAAAAGAAAAACAAACAAAUCAAAAUGUUGCAACAACGAAAUAGAAGGCUUAUUAAAAAAGUUAAUACCUUACACGGUACAGCAGCAUAA